GAUUCCGGUUCGCGACUCUUCGUCUUCGAUUCCCGUCGAGCGGAGCCGCGGACGCCGCCCUACCCGCUUGCGCCGCCACCAUGGGUUGGGAGAUCGACAGCGUCACGCUAGAGCAGAGAGAGGCCGUUCAGCCUCCGCCGCCGCCGGGAGAGGCCGCCGCCGCUGCUGGGCUCAUCGACGACCUGCAAUCUCCAGUUGUAGGAGCACUGACAUUUGACCAAGAGAACUGUGAUUGGUCGCUGCUGCCUGCUCCAACACCGCCAAAAUCACCAUCAUUGACAGAUGAAACUCCCAGUACACCAAAGAAUGCAUCAAUAAAGCCAUAUGUUGGAAUGCCUUUUGAGAACAUUCAUGCUGCAGAGAAGUUCUACAAAGAAUAUGCAUAUGAUAUUGGUUUCGCAGUUCGUGUUGGGCAGCAGAGAAAGGAUAAUGAUAUUGUUCUUUGGAAGCGGUUCAUGUGCUCAAGGCAAGGAUUUAGGGACAAGAAAGAUAAUGCAGUCAAUGCUCCUCCAUCUGAAGGUAAAAAGAAGCGUAACUUUGCUGAAACAAGAUGUGGUUGCGAUGCAUACAUCUAUGUGAAGUUGGAUGCUGAUAAUAGAUACACUAUACAGUCAAUGGUUGAUGAGCACAAUCAUGGUCUUGUCUCACCAGAUAAGCGUCAUUUGCUCAGAUCAAAUCAUUCAGUAAGUGAACGUGCAAAAAACACCCUUUUCAACUGUCACAAAGCAAGCAUGGGUACCUCACAGGCAUAUAGGCUACUUCAUGUUAGCGAGGGAGGAUUUGAUAAUGUUGGAUGCACCUUGAGGGACUUACAAAACUACUAUCGUGACCUUAGGAAAAAGAUUACAAAUGCAAAUGCCGAGAUGUUUGUUGCACAGUUAGAGAGGAAGAAGAAAAUCAAUCUAGAUUUUUUCUAUGAUUUCGUUGUGGAUGAACAAGGCCGGUUGGUGCAUGUUUUUUGGGCUGAUGCUGUGAGUAGAAAGAACUAUUCUCACUUUUGUGAUGUGAUUUCCUUUGAUUCUACAUACAGCACGAACCAAUAUAAUAUGAUCUUUGCACCUUUUACUGGAGUCAAUCAUCAUUUGCAAAAUAUAUUUAUUGCUGGUGCUUUUUUAGCAAAUGAGAAAAUUGAAUCAUAUGAAUGGUUAUUCAAGACAUUCCUAGUUGCGAUGGGAGGGGUAGCACCACGUCUUAUCAUAACUGAUGAAGCUGCUAGCAUUAGAGCUGCAAUUGCAAAAAUUUUCCCAGACACAGUUCACAGGUUAUGCAUGUGGCAUAUCAUGGAAAAGUUUCCAGAGAAGGUUGGUGGUUAUUCUUCUGUUAAUGAUGAAAAUUCUGAUUUCUGGCCAAGGCUGAAUGCAUGUGUUUGGGGUUCAGAAACAGGUGAAGAAUUUGAGUCAGAUUGGAAUUCUUUAAUGUCUGAGUAUGGUUUGGAUGGGAAUGAAUGGAUACAGAAUAGAUAUCGAAUCCGUGAAGAGUGGAUUCCAGCAUACUAUAUGGAUGUACCUCUAGCAGGUGUCCUUAGAACCACAUCCAGGUCCAAGAGUGCAAAUGGAUUUUUUAGCCAUUUUAUUCACCGCAAACUAUCAUUUGUUGAAUUUUGGCUGAGAUUUCAGACAGCCUUAGAAUGGCAACGGCAGGAGGAGUUGAAGGCAGACAACAAAAGUAUUCAUAGUGCUCCACAGUUGAAAACAUCUUGGCCUAUGGGAAAACAGGGUAGUGUGCUAUACACACAUGAGGUGUUCUUACCCUUUCAGAAAGAGGUUGUUGCUGCUAGAGAUCAUUGUUGGGUUCAAAAUAUUGCCCUUUCUGAUGAAAUGAAAAUUGUGACCAUAGGUGAUGGAAGAAAGAAAGAUAGAGAUAUUCAUGUAAGUAUGAUGCCAACAUGUUCUUGCAAGUUAUUUCUGUCAAGGGGGAUCCCAUGCCGCCAUAUUAUUCUGGUUUUACGUGGUGAAAAACAAGUAGAGUUACCGGUUGACUACUUCUUGCAAAGAUGGGAGAAAAGGUGCAAAAGGUAUUGGAACACAUUGGGCGACAAGAUUCUAGAAUCUAAUGAUCCGGCGAUGAGGAAAAAGAUAGCAAAUGUACGCAAUAAGUUUGAAGACUUGAUAAGAAAAGCCAACAAUUCCGAGGAAGGCAUGGACUUUUUAUUGUUGGGGAUUUCUAACCUUGAGGCACCACUGGAUCAAAUGACAUCGCCUAAUAAACAGUCUAAGCAGGAUGGAUAUGAGGCAUUCAUCGGUUGCCAUAUUCCAAAUGAAAUGACAGUCCAUCCACCAACUGAUAUCUGUUCAAAGGGGAGAAGCAAAAGGAUUAAAAAAAGCAAAGAAGUCAAUGCUUGCAAAAAGAAGCGAAAGGUUCCCUAGAGCUUUAGGUCUUUAUUUUUUUUCUGUAAGCGUACUGAUUAAGCGUGGUGAUUUUGAGACGUACUGUCAGGCUGUUUGCAUCUAAAAAUCAGUUUCCAUUUCAGUCCGAGCAGGCAGGGAGUCGCGAUCUGGCAGGGCGUCCAAGAGGCAGCGAUUCGCGAGCGGGCAGGGCGGCAUCCACGCGAG